AUGGCGCGCAGUUACUUGGGCCUACAGGGCGGCAAGCUGCAAGUCGCUAUCGGCCUCAUUGCCGGUAUGGACUUCUUGCUGUUCGGAUACGAUCAGGGUGUCACCGGUGGUCUCUUGACCCUCGAGUCGUUCAUCAAAUACUUUCCUACAAUCGCGACCAACGGUGACUACUGGAACAGCUUAACGGCCGCUGAGCAAAGCGCUCAGUCAACUCGUCAAGGUAUUGUUGUUGCUGCUUACAACUUGGGAUGUUUCGCCGGUUCGAUUCCCACCAUCUGGGUGGGUAAUUGGUUGGGUCGUCGGAAAACGAUCUUUGCUGGUUCUUUCAUCAUGGUUAUCGGUGCUCUGCUGCAGACGACCGCCUACCAUCUGCCUCAGCUUAUCGUCGGUCGUCUGGUUACUGGUUUCGGAAACGGCAUGAACACCUCGACGGUGCCUACUUGGCAAUCCGAGUGCUGCAAGUCUAACCGACGUGGUCAGCUGGUCAUGAUCGAAGGUGCCAUGAUUACCUGUGGAAUUACCAUCAGCUACUGGAUCGACUUUGGUCUUCUCUUUGCCGACCCUAACGAGGUUGCCUGGCGAUUCCCAUUGGCCUUCCAGAUCUUCUUCGCCGCCAUCAUCCUGGCCUUCGUCAUGUUUCUCCCGGAAUCCCCUCGCUGGCUCGUGCUGAAGGGCCGCGAGGACGAGGCGCAGGAAGUGCUGGCCGCUCUGCUCGGCGACGAGGCCGACGAAACCUUUGUCCAGACCGAAUUUACCGCCAUCAAGGCCACCGUGCUGGAGAUGGCCAAGGGCUCCUUCCGCGACAUGUUCACCAUGGACGAGAACCGCCACUUCCACCGAACGGUGCUCGCCUACGUCAACCAGAUGUUCCAGCAGAUCUCCGGUAUCAACCUGAUCACCUACUACAUCCCCGUGGUGUUGGAGAACCAGCUGGGAAUGAGCCUGAUCAACUCCCGUCUCAUCGCCGCCUGCAACGGAACCGAGUACUUCAUCGCAUCGUGGGUGGCCGUGUUCACCAUUGAAAUCUUCGGUCGCCGCAGUCUGAUGCUGUUCGGUGCUGCCGGUAUGUCGAUCUCCAUGGUGAUCCUUGCCAUCACGGCCAGUAUUGCGAACUCGGGCGCCAACGUCGCCUGUACGGUGUUCCUGUUCGUGUUCAACACCUUCUUUGCCAUUGGCUGGCUGGGCAUGACCUGGUUGUAUCCGGCCGAGAUCGUGCCUCUGAAGAUUCGUGCGCCUGCCAACGCUCUGGCGACUUCGUCCAACUGGAUCUUCAACUUUAUGGUAGUUAUGAUCACGCCGGUUGCUUUCCAGAACAUCAAGUACCAGACCUACAUUAUUUUUGCCGUGAUCAACGCGGCUAUUUUCCCCGUCGUCUACUUCUUCUAUCCCGAAACAACUCGCCGAUCCCUGGAAGAAAUGGACCGCAUCUUCCGCAAGACCAAGAGCGUGUUAUCCCUGGUCAAGACCGCCCGCGACGAGCCUCACAUGUACGGCAAAAAGGGCGAGCUUCUGCACACCCUGGCGGAUGUGGAAGACGACGCGGUGCGUCGUGCCAGCGUGCUGAACCACGCCCACAAGUCACUGGAAAAAGACAGCGACGAGAACGUGAGCGUGGAGCAUCGCCAUGAUGCAGAGAAGGCGUGA